UCGCCAGCUGAUUCAAAAGCCACAGGUCCCGUCAAAGCUCAGAAAGAAAGUAGAAAGUAGAUUCAGCUCGUGAGUUAGGAAAAGUAAUGAGUCACUCAUCAAAGACGGACUUUUCAAAAUCUUAACAAGGACGCAAAUACGGUGGAGUUUAAAAAGUUUUCCUCAGGAAGUUUCUUCUUGGUUUUAAUUGUUGGACAUGCCACCUCAAAUGGAUUACUUUUACCAAGAGUCAAGAGUCCCGUCUGUGUGCUUAGAGCAAGAGGACGUACUGGAGCAUACCAUCAGCUGUAUGCUGGUUGGAGAUGGUGCUGUUGGGAAAACUAGUAUGAUUGUCAGCUACACCACUAAUGGAUAUCCAACAGAUUACAAACAGACAGCUUUUGAUGUAUUCUCAGGACAAGUUCAGGUGGAUGGGACACCUGUGCGGAUUCAGCUGAUGGAUACUGCUGGACAGGAAGAAUUUGAUGAAUUCAGAUCAUUGUCUUACGCAAACACGGAUGUCUUCCUGCUCUGCUUCAGCGUGGUUAAUCCCACGUCAUUCCAGAACAUCACCAAAAAAUGGAUUCCAGAGAUUCGUGCGUGUAACCCGUCCUCUCCCAUCAUUUUGAUCGGAACACAAUCGGACCUUCUGUUGGACGUUAACGUUCUGAUAGACCUGGACAGGUACAAGGUCAAGCCUGUGAUAGGCUCACGGGCACGGAGCCUUGCUGACAAGAUCAGGGCCGCCGAGUACGUGGAGUGCUCGGCCCUGACCCAAAAGAACCUAAAGGAAGCCUUUGAUGCAGCAAUAUUUGCAGCUAUUAAACACAAGGCCAGGAAAACCAAAAAAAUGAGAUUGUCGGACAGACGCGCCAAAGCUUUUUCCAAAUGUAGCUGGAAGAAGUUCUUCUGCUUCAUCUGACCCCGUGGGUCAAAAUUUGAACUGUUUACGUAAUGUCUUAAUUUAUUUUGGACCGACGUUUUCUUACUGAAGUGCUUGAUGGUUGAUUUAGUUUAUGGGUGGAGUUGUUUGCUCUGUAGGGAACUUCCGAGGAACAGAGUGACAUUUGUGUGUUGUCUUAAACACUUUGGAUUAAGGAUGAUUUAAUGAAAUUCAUAUGCUGUAUAUGAAAAACAACUUGAUGAUUGACAGACCAAAGGCAAUGUUGGGGAAUCGUUUAAGAAAGCUACUCCCUUAGUCAUUUAUUGUUCACCAAAAGUACCCACCAUAUGUAAAUGAGAUGAAUUUGCAUGAGCUGGAUAGCUGCCUAUUCAAAGCUCUAUAGGAGCUCAUGUGGAGAUGUCUCUGAUGUUAGUGGAGACAAGACUGAGUAUCGGCCUUAUCUCCUUUGUCCUGGGUGCUACUCAGUCAGACAAACUCUUUUAUAUGCAACGGUCAACACUAAAAGCUGAUGUGCGAGUUGUCUCCAUCUUAAGUGAUUGUGGCCACAUAAAUGCAACAUCACGCUUGUGGUGACGCAGCUUGUUUAUCUGAUAAAUCUCAGCUGAGGAUUGUCUUGCAAAUUGGCGUGGUAAGAUAGGAUUAUUACGUUUGUGUGAAAAUGGUUUCCUGCAUCAGGGGGAAAUUUGCUAGGUCUGUUCCUGACUUCCAAAGUUGGUUUAAGCAUCGUGUGCAAAGUCAAACAUAUUUGUAAAGCAGGGAGAUGACACGCACAGAUAAAAAAGCCCGGCCCAUUUAGUUGAGUUAGGUUAUGCGUUUUUUUUUAUCUUAAAUGGAGAAUUCAUUGAUCUAUUACAGACAGUGUGUACUUAUCACAGAGUAAACAACACUGUCUUUGUUAUAAAUGUGCUUCUUGUGGAAGAUAUCUUUUUUUUUUAAUACUGUUUGUUUUUAACAGUUCUGCUUUAACAGUUUUAACUGUUCUGUUUUGAUGCCCCAGGCAAGAAGGAUGUAACGCUCCAUCAUUUUAUCUGUUUGUCUUCACUGUUUUUGUUUCGCCUUUCGAUCAAAUUCAAGCAGCACUUUUAUGCAGCAUCCCCUACAGUGUUUCUUUGCAUUUUCUUAAAAGACAUUUUAAAUGGCAAGAUAUUUGUAAUACACUUUCAGCGCUGUUUUAUAAUGUAACGAUUGAUUGGAUUUAUCAUUUUAACCCACUGCUAAGUGUUAUAUGUAAAACUUGUUCAUUUACAUAAUCUUCUAAUGUUCCUUUUAUAUAUGAAAUAAAUGAACAAGAUUUAAAAAGAGAUCUUGCUUUCGUCUGAAAUCUCAACACAAGUGAUGAUGUAAUAAGCUGAUGUUACAAUAUGAAAGGAAUUAAUUACACUGAAUGAUAAUUGUCAGGGAUGACUAACAUUUUCUCUUUCAUUAGUAAUUAAAUGUCUAAGUUGGAUCUUGUGUGAUUAUGAGAACAAAUAUUACUUUAUUUGCACAUGCUAUGAGCUACAAAAUUAUUUACACAGCGUUAUUAGAGAUCAGAAUACACUUCCAAAGAGCCUGAGAACUUCAUGUAAAUGGUCUUACAAAUAUGUUAAAAGGGUGUAAAUGAGACAAACAGAGAUGGGUGCAGAAGGUAUAUUAAUACAUUGUGAACUCACACUUCUGUGCUCUGAGAUCUCAUGCUGAUGAUAUAGCUUUGCUUUAUGUGGAAAAGUAAUUCACCUUGAAGUGUAAAGAGAAGUGGAUGGCGUCAUUGUCUUUUCAUAGUUUCAAAGCCAAGAUCAACAUUUCUUUUUGGAUCACUAAGAUUGCAAGGUAUAUGCAACUUUAAAAAUGGCAAAACAUCACUUUAAAAUAAAAAGUGUUCCUAAUUUUAACGGAGAAACUUGUCAAAAUGCCACAGUAAAAAAAAACAAAUUGGUAGUUAAAAACGUUAUAUUUAUUUAAACAUUACAU